AUGAGAAUCAGGUGCCUGCUGCGUGCCACAGCUCUUGGUGUCCUGCUUGUCUGGUCAGUAUUACAACUGAAGAAUACUUCAGCAUCCUGCCCUCAAUGCAAUGAAAAUGCCUCCUGCUACAACAGCACUCAUUGUAUUUGUAAUGAUGGAUUCUGGACAGGACCUGAUAACAGAAAAAUUAUUGAGCCCCAUGUGAAAUGUGAAGAUAUUGAUGAGUGUCUAUUGGAGGUGCUGGUGUGCAAGGAUGUGUCAUAUUGUAAAAAUAAAAUUGGAACUUACACAUGCAGCUGUAUAAUAAAAUACCCUAUCUUCAACUGGGUAGCUGGCAUUAUUGAUAUUGAUAAUCCUGAUUGUUACGUGAACAAUGGGAAGAAAAUAGGAACACAAGCAGAUAUUUGGGGAGUGUGGAGUCAACGUGAAUCCAAAAAGAACUUUGCGAAAAGAGCUACCACAGUACUUCACCAAGUGGAACGCCACAUAUUGAAUGAAUACUCAGGUGUACCAACGAAGGGUGAAAAUUCUACACUGGGUAUAGUGUAUGAAACGAAGAGGUGCAACAGUAUGAUUCUUCUGGAAGCUGGAAAUAACACGAUGAAGAUUGACUGCACUAGUGCUCUCAAAGAAAACAAGAGUAGAGGUAAUACUGCAGUUGCUCUUAUUGCAUAUCAGUCCCUUGGGAACUUUCUAAACGGAUCCUUUUUUAGUAACAGUGAAGGAAUGCAGAAAGUAAAAUUGAGCUCUCUUAUUGUGAGUGGUGCCAUUCGUUCAGAAGUCAAACCUGUCCUGUCUGAACCUGUACUCCUGACUUUACAAAACACUCAGCCCAUUGACCCAAAAGCAGAACAUCUCUGUGUCCAUUGGGAAGGAUCAGAGGAAGGAGGCAGUUGGUCCACUAAGGGCUGUUCUCACAUGCACACCAAUGACUCCUACACCAUUUGCAAGUGUUUCCACCUGUCCAGCUUUGCUGUGCUCAUGGCUCUAUCCCUCGAGGAGGACUCUGUGCUUUCUGCACUCUCUGUGAUCACCUACGUGGGACUGAGUCUUUCUCUAUUGUGCCUAUUCCUGGCGGUUGUCACCUUUCUCCUGUGCCAGCCCAUACAGAAUACAAGCACUACACUCCACCUACAGCUCUCCAUCUGCCUCUUCCUGGCUGAUCUCCUCUUCCUCACAGGCAUCAACAGAACUGAGCCUAAGGUGCUGUGCUCCCUCAUUGCAGGAAUGUUGCACUACCUCUACUUGGCUUCAUUCAUGUGGAUGUUUCUCGAAGGGCUGCACCUUUUUCUCACUGUGAGGAAUCUUAAAGUGGCCAACUACAGCAGCUCAGGAAGAUUCAAGAAGAGGUUCAUGUACCCUGUAGGCUAUGGAAUCCCUGCCUUUAUUGUCACUGUGUCUGCGAUAGCUGGCCAUGAAAAUUAUGGAACACACACCCACUGCUGGCUCAGCAUUCAUAGAGCAUUCAUCUGGAGCUUCUUGGGUCCAGUAGCAGCCAUUAUCUUGAUAAACCUGGUAUUCUACUUUCAAACUAUAUGGAUUUUGAGAAGCAAACUUUCUUCCCUCAAUAAAGAAGUUUCUACUCUUCAGGACACCAAGAUGAUGACAUUUAAAGCCAUUGUUCAUCUAUUUGUAUUGGGAUGUUCUUGGGGCAUUGGCUUAUUUAUGGUCAUUGAAUUCGGGAAGACAGUGAGAAUAAUCAUUGCCUAUCUAUUCACCAUCAUCAAUGUCCUACAGGGGGUUUUGAUAUUUGUGAUACACUGUCUGCUUAAUCGCCAGGUCCGAACGGAAUAUAAGAAGUGGUUUUAUAAGAUGCAGAAAGGGGUUGAAAAUGAAAGCACUGAGAUGUCUUACUCUACUACUCACACCAAAAUGGAGGAAGCUGGAAGUCAGCAGAACUGACUCACUGAGAAUGCUUACAACCUGAGCUCCUGCUUCUUAACCAAGGACAAUCAUCACACCAAUGUGGCCGCACAUGGACUAGGUUCAUGUCACCAUUCUUCUAUGUGAAUUCAUCUUUUGAAAGUAAUUUUGCUAUGAUUUUUAAUGCAUAAUAAUUAUACCUGCACUUCACUGGGAAAUUUUCAUACAUACAUACAGCUUUGACCGUGUCCACCUCCCUUCACUUAUCCUCACUUGAUCCCCUUUACUUAAUCACUUUUCCUGUACACAAUUAUUCCUCUUCCUUUUAAUUUUCUAUACAAUGGAGAAUCCUAAUAUUUCUCUUGCUACAUCUCAGUUAAUUACCAUAAUAUGUUUUCUUUGAAUUCCAUCUACGUUCUGACAAAUAAUAGGCUUUUAUUCUAUUUCAAAAUAGAAAAAUAUUCCAUGGGUGAUAUCAACCACAUUUUCUUUAUCCAUUGAAGCACACAUGAGGCUGAUUCUACAACUUGGCUAUUGUGAAUAGCACCAUAGUAAAUAUGACUAUUCUGUUGAGGGACACAGUCCUCUGAGAAAAACAGCUCUCAUCUUCAUCUGAUCAGCCAUGACUGCUUGCAAGCUUGUUGAUUCUCACAGAGGAUGAAUGGAGAGUGUCAAUGGACUCUCACCUGAGAAACAAGCCAUAAUCCCCAAGAAUUUGUUUGCAAUUCUUACCUAAUACUGUGGCUUUGGUGUCUCCAGAUGUGAGAGUAUAUAGUCUGUAUG